GCAGGCGCAUCCCUCCUUCAAGACUGGGGAGAGCGUGCAACGACCGUGGCGGACUUCCUGGCUAUCUUCCGACCGAGCCUGCAAGUUCGCUUGGAGGAGCUCCAUGACGCUUUUGGCCCAGCCCUAUGGCCUGAGAUGGGGGCUCUGGUGGUGUCGGCCGAGACCGAAGCUGGGGGCGCAGCCGUCAACGAUCGGCGGAGGGAGAAGAGCGUGCCGCAGCUGGAGGUAGUCGCCGUACCACUGGUGGCAGCCGCAGGAGGCAAGGUAAGCUCCACCACUGCCCGGGAAAUGGACUCCCUGGCUUCAGCCCUUGCGGGCUGUUGGGCCAUGGUGCCGGAGCAAGGAAGAGCGAGCCGAUGGCUUCCCCUGCUGCUAGCACUGGCGCGGCAAGCUGCCCAAGAAGACAGGCAACUGCCGCAGAAGAUCAAGGGACUGGCAGAUGCCAGCAAGAGCAGCGAAAGCAAGUGGGCCCUUGCUGCCGCAAGGUGCCUGGAAAUGGCAAAGCUGCCGGGACUCCUCGAGGCUGUGGCAGAAGAUGCCGGCUGGGCGGAGACCGCUGUGAAGCUGAUUCGAUGUGAACUUGGGGUCGGCGACAGAUCGCGCUUGUGA